GAGGAGGGUCCUUCUCUUAGCCUGGGUGGGGGUGCUGUCCCCUGUCCCCGCGGGGGGAUGGUGGUGAAGUUGUUUAAAAUCCUUCUUGAAUCUGUGGGUGGUUAAAGUCACGGACACAGAAAGGGAGAUGAGUGAUGGGGAUUGCGAAGUUCGCGGAGGUGGAGACCUCCCGCUGUGGACCGAGGCUGUAGCGAACACCUGACCAUGUGGAAUCCCAGUGCCGGGCAGCCAGGGCCAAAUCCAUAUCCCCCUAAUGUCGGGUACCCUGGAGGUUCCAAUCCUGCCCAUCCACCGCCUGUCAAUCCUGCCUUUCCUCCGGGCCCGUUUCCUACUCCCCUUGGCCCCUUUCCCACUCCCCCAGGAGCUCCCCAGGGGAAUCCAGCUUUCCCCCCAGUCGGGCCCCCUUAUCCUGUGCCACCACCAGCAUAUCCAGGAUACCAACCAUCAGGCCCCUAUCCCCCUCCAUAUCCACCACCUGCCCCUGGCAUGCCUCCUAUUAAUCCCUUGGCUCCUGGCAUGGUAGCACCAGGAAUGGUGACGGACAAGAAGAUGCGGAAGAAAAUGAAGAAAGCUCAAAAAAAGUCGCAGGCGCACCAUAAGCAUGGCAAGGGUCUGCUGACCAGCCCUGGCAAUGUGGUACCCGGUGUGAAGACGAAGGAAUGCAACGAGACAUGCGGAACCCUUGAAAACAAAGAGGAAGGAAACGAAAGUAACUGCGCAGGCUGCUGUGGAUUACAGCACGCUGGAUCAAACCCUGCCGUGGCAUUGCACGGGGCCAAUACUCUUCCAGAAACGAAGAAUUCUGGUUCGGGGACUCCACAGAACCGAACGUUGCGCAUUCGCCGGACCCGGACGGUCCCCGAAAUAACCUGGGGAAUGAUAAAGAAGCUGAUGAAAGAGGCUGAGGAACUGUUGCAGCGUACUUCCUUUCCACUCACGCCAGAUAACCUCUUUCUUGCUAUGACUGCUUUGAUUCAUCUCAGCUCUUGUGCGUCUAUAGAAUCAGAACUCAACAGUGAACAAGCCUCGUAGAACCCAACAUUCCCAGGCGUCAAGUUCACCGCAGCCCUCUGUCUUCUAUACCCGGCAAAACAAAAAAGGGGGAGAUGUGGGGGAGCAUGAGAUUUGGUUGGAAAGUUUGUAAGGAGGACAUUCUGAGAAAAGGGAAGUGUGCGGAAAGCCGCCUGCUCUGUUUAUUGGAAAUCCGAUUUAGGGGAGUGUUGAAAGCGGCACCCCUAAUUAUUCCUUGACCUUUCCAAACAAGUCUGCACAUGCAGAUCCCCAGGUGUUUACUGGAAUCCUUAUGCCCAGUCUUUGGGUGCCCUUGCCUAGAGGACAAUGCAAACACAUGUGUCUUCCCAAGAUUACUCACCCUACUGAUUGUAUCUAAAAGAUAAACUUUAUAUCAAACUGCAAUAAAAGCCUAACAAGGCAGGCAAUCGAGGCUGCCUGGUUCCUUUAGCCAGGCCGUCCCUUAGCCCUCUUUUUCACAGCAA